UAUUUUUCCUAUAUCCUCCAUUUCAAACUAUAUUCUUCCUUCCCAUCUUUUGUCACCGCCCAUCAUGAGCACCCAAACUGUCCUCAGAUUGACUGCCCAGGACACCUGGGAGAAGCUUGCUGAAUAUCAAGAAUCUAUUCCGUCCGCUAGCAAGCACGAAGUCUUGAUCAAAAUUCGGAGUGUUGCCCUGAACUUCCGAGACGUCGCCAUCUCUACUGGGAAGUAUCCAUUUACCGUCAAAGAUCAAGUCGUCCUUGGCUCUGAUGCAGCUGGCGACGUGGUUGGAGUUGGCGAGGGGGUUUUAGGUUUCUCGCAAGGCGACAAGGUGAUCAUUACAUUUGACCCGGCGACGUUGUAUGGUCCCAUGAAAUCUUGGACUACCGGUCUGGGUGGUCCUGUUGAUGGGGUCUUGAGGGAGUACAUCUCCGUCCCUGCCCAUGCUGUUGUCAAAUUGCCGGAAACAUCCACCCUCAGCUAUUCGCAAUGGGCCAGUAUGGUUUGCACCGGGGCUACUGCUUGGAACUCGCUGUAUGGAAUUGCUCCCCUCAAGCCGGGACAGACCGUUCUCUUCCAAGGAACGGGUGGUGUAUCCACCACUGGCCUUGUGCUGGCAAAGGCCGCUGGUGCACGCACCAUCAUCACAUCCUCGUCUGAUGAGAAGCUCAAGUAUGUCAAGGAAAAGUACGGAGUCGACCAUACAAUUAACUACAAGAAAACACCCGACUGGGCCGCCGAAGCACAGAAGAUUACUGAUGGCCAAGGCGUUGACUUUAUCCUGGAGAAUGGAGGCUCUGGAACCAUCAAGCAAUCUAUCGAGGCUAUUGCUUACGGUGGUGUGAUUUCUGUUAUCGGUUUCCUGUCUUCGGCACCGCAGGAGGAGAUGCCAGAUGUUGCAAUUUUGGCGCUGAGCAAGGGUGCUGUUGUUCGUGGAAUUAUGGUCAGUUCAAAGCAGCAGCUUGAGGAGGCUGUGCGCUUUGUCGGCGUUCACGAUCUCCCUUUGCCCGUCGAGAAGUCUUUCAAGUUCGGACGUGACUCGGUUGUGCAGGCUUUCAACUAUCUCACUGGAGGUCAGCAUAUCGGUAAGAUUUGCAUUGAGUUUUAGUGUUGAGCCUCGCUGGGGAAGGGUUUGUGAUACUUGAGUGUUUGUGAUACUGUGAAAUAUAUGUAAACAAGAUUUGUCUGUUCUUUAUGGGCCCAUUCCAAUAGAUUAAACACAUACUAUAAAUAAGCCUAAUUCGAUAGAUGUCAUAAG